AUGGCUCACAAAGAAGUACCUACCCUCAAGACGACUCAAGAUUCUCAGCAUCUCGAGACCAUGGAUAUUCCAGAUGAUGAGAAGAAUUUGGGAGCAAACGAUGUUGAAAGCCGUUGGACACCCGACGAGGAGCGUUUGGCUCUCCGAAAGCUCGAUUGGUGCUUGAUUCCUUUGGUUGGAUCGCUUUACCUGGUAUCUUACAUCGACCGUGGCAACAUUGGAAAUGCAUACACCGCUGGUAUGGGUAAGGAUUGGGGUAUCACGUCCAACGAUUACUCAUGGAUCGUGACGGCGUACUACAUCGCGUACAUCUGUUUCCAUUGGCUCAUUCUAGUCUGGAAGUUCAUGCCAUUGCCGCUCUGGACCUUCUGCAUGGCCUUUGGUUGGGGCGUUGCCAGCAUUCUCCAAGCUGCAACAACAAACUUUGCUGGAAUUAUGGCCCUUCGACUUCUGAUCGGUGCCUUUGAGGCUGGCUUUGUACCUGCCGUUGCUCUAUACUUGACCUUUUUCUAUCACCGACAAGAGAUGGGACUGCGCUACGGCUUGUUCAUCUCUUUCUCGCCGCUUGCCAACUGCUUUGCCUCUGCUUUGGCGUACGGUAUCGUUCAGGCCAAGACCAAGAUCCACAACUGGCAGCUCCUGUUUAUCGUUGAGGGUAUCCCAACUUUGUUCCUCGCCUUCGUCGCCCUCUACUACCUCCCAGCGUCCCCAUCGCACCAACGCGCCAUUGAAGGCAGAGGAGAAGAUACUGAGAAGAAGUUGAACUUUAGUCAGGUUUUCGCUGCCUUUUACGACUACAAGAACUACAUGCAAGCCUCUAUCAUCUUCUGCCUCAACACUGCAUUCGGCUCUCUCCCGGCCUAUCUUCCUACUAUCUUGAAGGGCAUGGGAUACACCUCUGUCAACUCGUCAAAUAUUCCCAACGCCGCCACAAUUCGGGGAGUGCUCGGAGCCUUCCUUGCGCCAAUUAUCCUAGUCAUGCUCCUAAGCAAAUCUGACCGCCGGUCAACUUCAAGUAUAAUAUUCAGCAUCAAUCUUAGUUGCUAA